GCAGAUUUUUUAGGGGAUUCUCGCUACUCAUCCUAGAGUAGCUCUACAUAUCGUUUCAAAACCCAAGCACCUACUUGAAAUUCCAGUGUCGCAGCUACCUACACGAAUAUCAAACCACGACUCGGUUAUAAUCAUGUAAGGUAACAGAAUUUUAUCUUGGCGUAUGCCAAAUACAUCCCGCACUAAGCCAUCGCCAUUCAUAUGCCAGCCCCACCUCAACUCCCCGUGUCCUCCCAGAGUCCAACUUCCAAUGACAAGACUUCAGCGAACGAUCCACAUCACAAGUGUUGUUCAUCGCCGUUUCCGAUGCGCCAGAGCUUCAGCCUGUGACGGCUAGCCGUAGAUCCAGCAAUUAUGCCUGCGACAUGGCUAGUAUCCUGCGCGAGGCGGAACCAGAAUUACCGGACAGACUAGAAACCGUCACUUUCGGACUUUGCACUAUCCUGUCAAAUCUACCAGACGGUGGUGUUGGGACGCUAGCAAGGCUGGUCCGGCAGUUAGAGCUUUCCUCAAGGUUUACAGACAAGAAUUAUCCACUAGCAGUUCGAGCUACUCAAGCAUGGGUUGCUUCGGAAUUUGUAAUGUCCCAUAAUACCUCUUUUUUAUAUUUACCCUUGCUCUUUCCAGAGGCAGCGACUACGCUCCUACAGCUUAAGCUGCACGAGGCAGAGGUGCAGACCAGCAAUCCACCAAACAAUGUUCUGCCAAUAUCCAGGUUGAUAGUGCAGCUAUUAGGAACCAAGAUCAACAAUAACAAAAUCAGCCUGAGAAAUCUCGCGGUGGAACUACAUGCUGACAGCGAAGGCUCCGUUGAACGAAAGCUUUCCACAGACUUAGCCGACUCCUUUCUAAAUCCUCUCCCCCACAUGCAUGCAGGCACGUACGCGCUUGUCGAUAAUUGCUUCUGGCUCGUCUCGUUCCUUUUCCCAACGUGAUAUUCCAUUCUCAGAUACGACAUGGAUGACUCUCAAAGUAUACAUGGGUACAAACUCUGUGUCACCCAGGCAAGAUAGACCUUUGUAUCGUGCGACGAAAGAGACAUAUUGCAGGACUUUUCGGCACAGGUCUACGCUGCGGACUUGCCCCUAGAUAGGGAAGUGAAGCGAUAGAACAUAACCUU